AUGUGAAGGGAAACGGUUCCGUUUCUGUUUUUACUCCUGUGUUUUCCACCAUGAAGGAAACCACCAUGGCUCCUCCGGUGAACCUGGGCGCUUUGCUUCAGGCUGAGCUCCAGGAGGACGCUGCGCACCGGGAGGAGGGGCUGUGUGUUGUCGGUACCUUCGGUAAAAGCAGCGCGCAGACCGGACCUUUAAAGGAGUCCAUCAUCAACACGCUAACGGACAAACACAUAUUCUCUCUGUUCGGGGGGCCAGAGGAUGAAGACUCGGAGGACAGCCACAUCGAGGCUUACUACGACCAGGAGAACCGGGUCCUGUACCUACUGUUGUCCUCCGUCUGCGACAGCCGGCUGCUGCUGCGGGCAUGUCGGUCCCUGAGUUCCGGGGUCAGCCAUUCUGACGCUCACGACUUCUGGAAGGACCUGGAAAUGCAGCACUGCCUGCACCUGCUCUUCAUGUUCUCGGUGUGCCAUGUCCUCUUGUUGGUCCACCCCAGCCAGACCUUCGAUGUGACCUACGAUCGGCUCUUCAGGGCCCUGGACGCCCUGCGGCAGAAGGCCCUUCCUCUUCUCCGGGCUGCUAUCAAAGACUGUGCGGUGUCCAAAGAGUGGAAGCUGAACAGCAGACCCUGUCCACCUAGGCUGCUGUUUGUCUUCCAGAUGAACGCAGCUCUAAAGGUCUCUGGGAACGGCUCAGAAUCUGGAGGAAACCCUGAUAAACCUAAAAAGCAUUCCCCAAGGAGGCGCCUGCAGCACGCUCUGGAGGACCAGAUUUACCGGAUCUUCCGUAAAAGUCGGGUCCUGACCAACCAAAGCAGUAACUGUUUGUUCACGGUGCCGGCCAACCAGGCCUUUGUCUACGUGAUACCAGCAGCAGAACCGGACCCGGUGAGCACUUUGCUUGGCCAGCUACGGUCCAACUGCGUCUUGUCUGAACAGGACCCUGCCCCGGUUCUGACCGGGCCGAGGAGAUACCAACAGAUGCGACGAUCGGCUCGGCCGCCCACCAGCGGGGGAGACUCCAGCAGCAUGUCGAUGGGCGGCCAGCUGGUGGACUUCAACCUGAAGGAGUUCCUCUGGCAGCACGUGGAGCUGGUCCUGACCAAGAAGGGCUUCGACGACAGCGUCGGCCGCAACCCCCAACCUUCGCACUUUGAGCUGCCGACCUACACUAAGUGGGUCCAGGUGGCUUCCAGACUCUACCAAGUCCUGAUUACCAACACAGACGAGGAGCUAGCUGAACUAGCCACCAAGGUGCAAAGCCAGGUGAAGGUUCUGGAUGGGUUUCUAGAUGCCGACACAAAGUUCUCUGAAAAUCGCUGUCAGAAAGCGCUACCACUAGCUCACAGUGCCUACCAGUCCAACCUCCCACACAACUACACUACAACAGUGCACAAAAACCAGCUGGCACAUGCGCUACGGGUGUACAGCCAGCAUGCCAGGGGCGUGGCCUUCCAGCGCUACGCACUGCAGCUUCACGAGGACUGCUACAAGUUCUGGAGCAACGGCCACCAGCUUUGUGAGGAGCGGAGCCUGACAGACCAACACUGUGUGCACAAGUUCCACCUGCUGCCUCAGCCAGGUGAGAAGCCCGACAUUGACCACAACCCGCCCAUCAUGAAUCACAACAGCAGGGGGCGCUCCACCAGCUCCUGUAACUGUGGCAGGAAGCAGGCUCCUCGGGAGGAUCCAUUUGACAUCCAGGCUGCCAAUUAUGACUUCUACCAGGUCCUAGAGGAGAAGUGCUGUGGGAAGCUGGAGAGGAUCGACUUUCCUGUCUUUCAGCCCAGCACUCCUGACCCGGCGCCAGCUUCGGACCAGGUUCAACGGCUCCCAUCUGAAGCGUUGGGGGAUGCAGAGAAACUGAAAGAACCGAGCACCGCUCAGAGCCACACGCCAGGGGACACAAGCCUCAGCCUGGCUCUCAGCCUGGGCCAGUCCACCGACAGCUUGGGGACCUACGGGGACGGAGACGGGACCGAAAACCCAGUCCAACCAAAGAGGCCGAGCCUCAUUGACCGUCAGCCCUCCACGGUGGAGUAUCUCCCCGGCAUGACGCACUCUACCUGUCCUAAAGGCCUCCUCCCGAAGUUCUCCAGCUGGUCUCUGCUCAAACUGGGCCCAGCAAAGUCCUACAACUUCCACACUGGUCUGGAGCAGCCAGGAUUCCUCCCAGGUUCCUCCUUCCUCCUUCCAUGGGACUUGGUUAUCCGCUCCCGAUCAGAGGAGGACACGGGACUGACGGAGCCUCUGGAUGGCGGCGCCUCCUCUUGGCCAGCUCCAAACAAAAGCAUGGUGGGGAAGCGGGGGAGCACCGGGGGCCUCGGCAGGAACCGCAGGCGGGACGACGUGGCUCGGGUGUUUGUAGGGUUUGAGUACGAAGACAGCAGGGGGAGACGCUUCAUCAGCAGCGGGCCUGAUAAAAUAGUAAAGGCUCUUGGACCAGGGGGAGCCAAAGAUCCCGCCACCAGGGUGCUGAACACAGACAUGCCUCUGUAUGUUCCAUCUCCAUCGCAGGGUAGGGGCCUGAAGCCGCACUUCGCUCAACUGGCUCGUCUUUUCAUCGUGGUGCCUGACACUCCUCUGGAGAUAACCCUCAACCCCCAGGUUCAGCCCGGACCCCCUCCCUGCCCGAUCUUCCACCCAGAGCAGACUGAGGUUGUAUUGCCACCCGAUGGCUUCUGGGUGCUCCGGUUUCCUUAUUCCUACGCCACAGAGCGCGGCCCCUGCUUCCCCCCCAAGGAGAACCAACCCCUCAGCAACUACAAGGUGCUGCGAGGCAUCCUGAAGGCCACCACGGCCAACCCCCCACCCCCAUGAUACGCUCUGUUAACAGUCCAGAUCUGAUGGUUUAAAAUCACACAGAAACAUCUUUUUUUAUUUGAGAGAGUUACAGCUAUACAAUUUCUGUGUUGGUUGACUGUGGUGAUCAAAGUUCUUGGACCUUUAAAUCCUCCUCUGUUGGUGUUCUGUAGUAACUGAGUAAAAAGCUCCUUAAAUCAGAUUUAUCCAUC